CUCUCUGUCUCCAGCUCUUUGCCUGUUAGCAAAGUGAGCCAAAAUAGGGGAUUCUUUAAGAAGAAGAAAACAAACAACCCAACAAACUGGUGGGAAGAACCGAGCAUCCAAAUAUUGCCGAGUACCGGCAUACAGUCAAGCCAUUUGUCGGUACAGGUGGACAGCAGGGCCGGGUGCCAAAUUCUUUGGGUUUAAAGGAAGUAGUGGGAGGGAAACUUGCGAACCGCUCCUAGAAGGGUUUAACUUUCCUCUAGCAAAUGAGAAGGAGAAGCUACAACAUUCUGUUCCAAGCACUCCGGCGAGAAUGUUUUUUUGGCAGAGGUGUUAUUAAAACCGAGCAGCACGUUUCAUGGUUGCCAGCACCAAGAGGAAAAAGGAAAAGAAGAAUUAGUCAGGGUUCCACAGGAGAAUAUGGCCAAUGGCAUUGAGGACCUCAUCGGGAUCCCCUUCCCAAACCACAGCAGUGAAGUCCUUUGUGGACUCAACGAGCAACGAAACGAUGGCCUUCUCUGCGACGUAAUUCUCCUGGUCCAAGAUCAGGAAUACCGAACCCACAAAUCUGUGCUGGCUGCUUGUAGCCAGUAUUUUAAAAAACUCUUCACCACCGGCACUUUAGCGGACCAGCCCUACAUAUACGAGAUCGACUUCGUCAAGCCCGAAGCCCUUUCGGCCAUCCUUGAGUUUGCCUACACCUCAACUCUGACCAUCACCACGGCGAACGUCAAGCACAUCCUCAACGCGGCCAAGAUGCUGGAGAUCCAGUGUGUGAUUAAUGUCUGCCUCGAAAUAAUAGAGCCUGGGGAAGCGGUGGAAGGCGAGAAGGCGGAAGAAGAAGAGGAGGAGGAAGAAGAAGAAGAAGAGGAAGAGGAGGAGGAGGAAGAAGAAGCAGGUGACUUCGCCAAUCGGAAUCUAUCGGACGCUCAAGACCUCAGUUGCCACCAAAGUCCUUCCAAGCCAGACCUUCCUGAGGAACCCUUCCAAGAUACCACUGAUGUCUUCUCCACACGUUUUCCAUCCAGCAGCUCCAAUGGCUCACUUGGUGUCAUCCGAGACUUCUCCAUUGAAUCCCUCUUAAGGGAGAACCUCUAUCCUAAAGUGACCCUUCCAGAACGCAGGCCGGUCCUGUCUCCCUUCAUGCCUGAGCUCUUCCCCCAUCUAUGGAACGGAGACUUUGGCCCCUUUGCCCAAGUAGAAGAGCAGCAGGUGGACAACACCCCCUUGGACCUGGUGAUCAAAAAGCAAAAGAUCAAAGAAGAGGAGAAAGAGGAGCCGCUGCCCACCCCUUUCCCCAACAGCCUCUUCAAGGACGUGUUUGCCAACACCGCCGCAGCCCCCUUCGGGCACAUCAAGGCUGAAAACGAUUACAGCGCCUACCUGAACUUCCUGAGCAACGCCCACUUUGGCCGAGUCUUUCCUCGCUGGCCAGAGGAAAGGAAGAUCAAACCCAAAGCUUCCCAGCAGUGCCCCAUUUGCAACAAAAUCAUCAUGGGGGCUGGGAAGCUCCCGCGGCACAUGAGGACCCACACGGGGGAGAAGCCGUAUAUGUGCAACAUCUGUGAAGUCCGGUUCACCAGGCAAGACAAGCUGAAGAUCCACAUGCGGAAGCACACGGGGGAAAGGCCGUACCUCUGCAUCCACUGCAGCGCCCGGUUCGUCCACAACUACGACCUGAAGAACCACAUGAGGAUCCACACCGGAAUCCGUCCCUACCAGUGCAAGUUCUGCUACAAGAGCUUCACCCGCUCGGAUCACCUGCACCGCCACAUCAAGCGCCAGAGUUGCCGGAUCUCCCGACCCAGAAGAGGACGCAAGUCAGCCCCCUGGAGAGCGGCCAGCCUGCUCUUCGCCCCCACCGGACAACCGGAUGACAAGAGUUUCUUGGUGCCCCCAUCUUUGGAAGACAUGAGCGGCCACUUGGGCGGCCCCGGGCUGUGCCUUCCGGGCCCCAGCCCCUUCAUGGAUGUGGCCAAGAACAGCUUGAACCUGCAGGAGCUGGAGAACCAGUUGGAAGAAACCCAGAUGAAGCUGUUUGGGAGGACACACCUGGACCUGGAACGGAACGGAGGCCUCUUUGCCUUUGCCCUGAGCCACGGCGAGGGCCUCUCGGCACGGCCGUAUUUCUCUCUCCCGGAUCCUUGGGGCUCGGGGUUCAAUGGACUGGCCGCCCUCAACCCCCUGGCCUCUCUCUCUGAAGCUAGCAACUGAGUUGCCUUCUCUUCGAGGGAUGGGUUGGACCCGUUCUCCAGUACUGCAUUGGUUCCCAGUCAAGAAGGAAGAACAUAUUUUUUCCUUUAUAAAAAGGACUGUCUUGAAAAUUAAGCUCCCUUCGGAACUCUUUUCAAAACACCCCAAAAGACAUCUCUUCUUUGCUCCCACAAAUGCAAGGGAAAAAAAACAAAACAGAAUUUCUAGCAGCAACUGCAGACUUCGUUUUUCUUGGUUUAUUAUCUUUCCGAGUGACUGUUUUACAUCUUAUUUUGCAGGGGGGGGGGGCGGGUUGUUUUGGAUUUUGACUUCGUUUUUUUUCCUUUUUCGGGCUGCUUAUCCAACCCGGAGUCCUUGUAAAAUAUCCAAAGAUUCUAAAGACUGUUAAAAUCCACAAGAACUGGGUGCAAAAAAAAGAGAGACCCCUCUUGCUUUUUUUCCCUUUUGGGUUACAUUUCUUGAAUGAUGGAAUAUGGGGGGGGAAGUGGUAGCAAGGGCGGGCAAUCCUUUGAAAUUUUUCUAUUUAUAACUAUUUUUAUGUGAUUGCUUUAUGUAAAGAGAAAAAAAAAAAACAAUACAUCAGACAGAUUCUGCCUUAGAUAAUCAAGGGACAAUCAUCCUUAACUUGGCCUGAAGUUCUAGAUUUUGUGUUUCUAAAAGGCAAGUAAAUACGCUUUAUGUAUUUAUUGAGCAGUAUUAACUGAUUUUAUUAAAUUAUUGGCCGUCUGAAGGAUGUUCGGUAUGCUUGUGGGUCAAAGCUGGGGAAGAUAAACGUUGUGGGGCAGCAAAGUUGUGAAGUCCUGCUUUCUAAGGUGAUGCAUGCACUUAGGGCCUUCUUAAGUGGACAUCUAGGGAUGCGGUGGCCCAGUGGCUAAAAUGCUGAGCUUGUCGAUCGAAAGGUCGGCAGUUCAGCGGUUCGAAUCCCUAACGCCUCAUAACGGGGUGAGCUCCCGUCACUUAUUUAUUCGGCAUAUAAGCCGAAUAAAAUAAAUAAAUAAACCUGUCCCAGCUUCUGCCAACCUAGCAGUUCGAAAGCACAUAAAAAAUGCAAGUAGAAAAAGAGGGACCACCUUUGGUGGGAAGGUAACAGCGUUCCGUGCGCCUUUGGCGUUGAGUCAUGCCGGCCACAUGACCACGGAGACAUCUUCGGACAGCACUGGCUCUUCGGCUUUGAAACAGAGAUGAGCACUGCCCCUUAGAGUCGGGAACGACUAGCACACAUGUGCGAGGGGAACCUUUACCUUUAAGUGGACACCUACACAAAGUGAUGUGUGAAAGGGUGCCAUCCAUGUUCCAAAUUUAAUCCCAUGCACUUAACCAGAUCUGGGCCAUUCUGUUGAGAGUGAGGGGCCUACAAAAUGGUUCCUUUUCAAAGGCCUUUUCCUUUGGACUUCCUUGCCUGAUCUUUUCCAUGGUCAGAGGAACUGGGGGCUGAUUAUGGUCCUUGUGGUUAAAAAGUUAAGGUUGAUUGCCCCUGGAUCAUCUUCUCUUGAUUUAUCGGUUAACUGGUUCCUGGAUGGAUUCAUGUUUUGUUUUGUUUUGUUUUGUUUUUCCUGGUGGAAAGACCAUUACAGACUUUAAUUAAUGCUC